CGGCGGGUGGAGCACGCCCGCCGCCAUGGCAAACUUUUUCCGAGACACGUACGACCAAAACUUCCCAGUCUGAAGGAUGAAGACUGAAGAUAAGGUGAACCGAAGUCUACUGCAGAGCUCGCCUGCUCAGCAUCCGGAGACCAGUUGUUGUAGAACAUUUAUUUUAUUUUCCAUUCUAGAACGUAGAACUUAGGGGUGUCAGUUGCUAUGAAGUUUUAUGAUGUUCUUUACUGGUUAAAUAUUAAUACACCGUAUAGGAAGUUUGAAAGUACUGCGGUUGUGCAAGCGGCCAGUGCGAGUAGGACUCGGCGCGUACUGUCGAUGCCGCGCCGCCGGCCGUACGCGACGAACCGACGAGUGCAGCCUGCAGCCACGGGCGACCACCGCGUGCACGCUGCCUGCUACCUCGCGGUCUCUCCCUUCACAGCUUCUGCACACGUAAUGGGUCAUUUCGCUUACUUAGGGAACCUAGGAAUUAAUUUUCGUGAACCAGGUUGAAAAGGUCGGAGACGCUGAUGCAUGCGUUUACCGUAUGAAUGUCAUCAGCUAAUCUCCGACAUUUGUCGACCUUGUCCUAAGGAGAAGUGCCCGUUUUGUUGCGACAGGUGAGACCCUAAAUGGGCAACGACUGAUCGAGUUCCGACUGGGACAAGAGGCGGAAGCGGAGCGUGGCGAGGAACUGUCCGUCGCGUCCGCCGAGCUGAUGGUGCGCGCGGAGACCGCGCCGCACGCGCGCCACCUGCGGUACACGCUGUGGGCGUUCACGGUCGGCGACAACGGCACGCUCGGCGCGCUGGCGGGCGCGGCGCGGCGCGACCCGGCGCGCGGCUGGCAGCGCAUCGACGUGACGGCGGCAGCGAGGCGCUGGGCGGCGGCGGGCGCUCGCGCGCCACUCCGGCUGCUGCUCGACUGCAGUGGUUGCGGCGGCCGCGUGCGGCUGCGGCUGGGCGGCGGGCAGGCGGCGCGCCCGCUGCUGCGCCUGCGCCUCAUGCCGCCGCCCGCGCGCCGCCGCCGCGCGCUCGACUGCGACGCCGCCGAACACGGCCGCUGCUGCCGGCAGACCUACUACGUGAGCUUCAGCGCGCUCGGCUGGGACGACUGGAUCGUCGCGCCGGAGGGCUACUACGCGAACUACUGCCGCGGCGCGUGCCUCAACUACCACUCGCAGGUGGUGGAGGCGGCGCGGCUGGAGCGAGCCGCGUGCUGCGCGCCCGUGCGCUUCUCCGCGCUGUCGCUCAUCUACUUCGGCGCCGACUCGAACAUCAUCAAACGCGACCUGCCCGAGAUGGUGGUCGAGGAGUGCGACUGCCCGUAGCGGUCCUGUACAUAGCCCGCCGCUCGCCCGCGCCGCUCCGCCGCUCUCCGCCGCCCGCCGCCGCGGCGCGCUUCUGCCGCUCUUCAAUCCGAUUUAAUCCGAAUCGAUUAUAAAUAAUAUUCUCGACUUGUGUAAUGUUUUGUUCCUCGCGUUCGAAAGACUAUAUCCUAAAUCGAAUAAAUAAAUAAAUCCCUGUGUGCGCGGGGCCCGGCGCGCGAUCGCACCGCCCGCCGCGCGUAGUAGUUGUGGUAGUGGUCGCGUGCGCCACGUGGU